AUGAGAGGCGAUGAGCCCCUCAUCAGCUCUAUAGAAGCCGAUGAGCCCCUCAUCAGUUCUAUAGAAGCCGAUAAACCCCUCUUCAGCUCUAUAGAAGCUGAUGAGCCCCUCAUCAGCUCUAUAGAAGCCGAUGAGCCCCUCAUCAGCUCUAUAGGAGCCGAUGAGCCCCUCAUCAGCUCUAUAGGAGCCGAUGAGCCCCUCAUCAGCUCUAUAGGAGCCGAUGAGCCCCUCAUCAGCUCUAUAGGAGCCGAUGAGCCCCUCAUCAGCUCUAUAGAAGCCGAUGAGCCCCUCAUCAGCUCUUUAGAAGCCGAUGGGCCCCUCAUCAGCUCUAUAGAAGCCGGUGAGCCCCUCAUCCGCUCUAUGGGAGCCGAUGAGUCCCUCACCUCCUCUAUAGGAGCCGAUGAGCUGCUCUUCAUCUCCUCGGAAGGGAGCCGAUGA